AUUCUGUUUUUGAUCACGCAUCAAUAACAAUUAGUAAUAGCUUGAGCAUCCUGAUGGUGUUCUUGAUGGUUUGGCAUACAUCCCAGCCAAUGCAGGUUACCUUUGUACUCUUUAAAGGUGACUUGGAUUUCAGCAUCCAAAAAAUGCUGGGAAUAAGAAGGAAACCAAUUCUCUUUGCAGGGUUGAAAAAGUGGCUGAGGUGAGUUGAGCCAAGAAUGCUGUUCACUGGGGACUCCCAGCCUGGGCUGGUUAACUGAGCGGGGAUGGAGAGCUCCCUGGAUCUGGGAGGUGUUGGGCCUCAGGAGCGGGCUGGGCUUGAGCUCUGUGUGUGUCAAUAGUUUCAAAUAGCUGGCUAGAAAUAGUUUUGGGGUACUAAUUCUCUGAUACAUUCUAAUGCAGCUCUGAGCUGCCCUGAGAAACAGUAUUGUUAGGCACAUUCUUUUGACUGACUUAGCUGCUGUCUUGCAUAGUGUUCUUGACCAUAUAUUUUUUUAUAUUUUUCACACUUUUGAGUUAAUUUUAAUGCCUAGUGAUUUGUUGGUGAAUGAAUGUUAGGAAGAUUCUUCAUUUCUGUCCCUACGCUACCCCCCUUCAGUUGUCUUACUGUACAGUAUAAGCCUCAUCAUUUAUAGGCCAGAUUGACCUUGAAUUUUGUUUUAUGCCUUUAGUCUUUCCAGUUACUUUACUUUCUGAAAAGAUAAAAAUUGAAUGUAUGAAUUUUUUUCCUUUUGCACCACAUAGGGUAUUACUCAAAAUCAUUGCUUUUCUAAUCCUUAUGCCUAAGAUUCUUAGAGCUGUGACUCCUAAAGCCUGCUGUGUAUGGCGGUCAUUUUGCUGUGUUAAGAUUGGCUCUGGUUCUGCCAGCAUUUAUUUUUGGAAUUACUUGUGAUAUUUUAAGCAGUUUAAAGCCUUUGAGAAAAUAAUCAGUCUUAAGUGAGAUGUAUGGGUUACCUUCAUUAUAAUGUGAUUUUAUUCAAAGUGAAACAGCAGUAAUUUAUCCUUUCAUAGCAAUAGUGAAUAAAGGAUAUAGACUGAGUGAAAUAUUAAUGCAUGUAUUAAACUUAGAAUUUUGAAACCUCUAGUAAUUUUCAUUCCUUUCUUUUAUAAAAGAUGGUGUCAAAUGCUAGUGUUGGAAGCAAAUUUUUUCUAAGAUUAUAUUUAAAAGAUAUGUGUUGGGAUCUUUGUGUUUUGGGUUUUGCGGGGAUUUUUUCCCUUUUUUCUUCUUUUUAUAUACCUGACUUUUGCUGUCCAACAGUGACAAGAACCAACUGGAACCUUUCUGAUGCUUAUGUUGGUAUCUUACUAUCCCCACCUGUGGUUUGCAUCCAUGCCUCUGAAGACUUCCAGCAAAAUUUGAUCCCAUUUUCAGAAUGAAUGCUAAGCAUAUGGAAAUUGGAAAUUUCUUCUGGUCUUCUAGGAGAACUCUUAGGUGUCGUGUUGUUGUUGGAGAUCGGAGCUGAUCCUGGAUCCUGUGGUAUUUCUGUACUGCAGAGAUGAGCUCUGUGGCGACAGACAAGGUUGCGGGCAAGCUGAGCUCCACUCUCUCAUGGGUGAAGAACACGGUGUCGCACACCGUCAGUCAAAUGGCCAGCCAGGUGGCGAGUCCAUCUGCCUCCCUCCACACCACAUCCCCCUCCACCACUCUGUCCACACCCGCCCUCUCACCAUCCUCACCGACACAGCUCAGCCCCGACGACUUGGAAUUACUGGCUAAACUUGAGGAACAGAACAGGCUUUUGGAAACAGAUAGCAAAUCCUUACGAUCAGUAAAUGGGUCAAGAAGAAAUAGUGGAUCUUCCCUUGUAUCUAGUUCAUCAGCUUCUAGCAAUCUCAGCCAUCUUGAAGAAGACUCGUGGAUCCUGUGGGGGCGGAUUGUGAAUGAAUGGGAAGAUGUACGGAAAAAGAAAGAAAAGCAAGUUAAGGAGCUGGUUCGAAAAGGGAUACCUCAUCACUUCAGAGCAAUUGUUUGGCAACUUUUAUGCAGUGCUCAAAGCAUGCCAAUUAAGGAUCAGUAUUCAGAGCUUUUAAAAAUGACAUCUCCUUGUGAAAAAUUAAUAAGAAGGGACAUUGCUAGAACAUACCCUGAGCAUGAUUUUUUCAAAGAAAAAGAUAGCCUUGGGCAGGAGGUCUUGUUCAACGUGAUGAAGGCUUACUCUUUGGUGGAUCGUGAGGUUGGAUACUGUCAAGGAAGCGCUUUUAUAGUUGGAUUACUGCUUAUGCAGAUGCCAGAAGAAGAGGCAUUCUGUGUGUUUGUUAAAUUAAUGCAAGAUUACAGACUACGAGAACUCUUUAAACCAAGCAUGGCUGAACUGGGCCUUUGUAUGUACCAGUUUGAAUGCAUGAUACAGGAACAUCUUCCAGAACUUUAUGUGCACUUUCAGUCUCAGAGUUUUCACACUUCUAUGUAUGCAUCAUCAUGGUUUUUAACUAUAUUCCUUACAACUUUUCCACUACCAAUUGCAACGAGAAUAUUUGAUAUCUUUAUGUCUGAGGGUUUAGAGAUAGUAUUUCGGGUAGGGUUAGCAUUACUUCAGAUGAACCAGGCAGAAUUACUGCAACUUGACAUGGAAGGAAUGUUACAGCACUUUCAAAAGGUCAUUCCACAUCAGUUUGACAGUGGUCCAGACAAAUUAAUCCAAGCAUCUUACCAAGUCAAAUACAAUGCAAAAAAGAUGAAAAAGCUAGAAAAAGAAUACACUACAAUAAAGACAAAAGAAAUGGAAGAACAAGUUGAAAUUAAAAGGUUACGAACUGAAAAUAGACUCCUAAAACAGCGCAUUGAAACACUAGAAAAAGAAAGUGCUUCCUUGGCAGAUAGAUUGAUACAGGGACAAGUGACAAGGGCCCAGGAGGCUGAGGAAAACUACCUCAUAAAACGGGAGCUGGCCACCAUCAAACAGCAGAGUGAUGAGGCCAAUACUAAACUGGAGCAAGCUGAGAAUACCAUCAGGGAGCUCCAGCAACAGCAGCAAUGGCAUAAAUGCAGUUCACGAUACAGUGAAGACUUUGUGCUACAGCUGGAAAAAGAGCUGGUCCAAGCCAGGCUGAGUGAAGCAGAAUCCCAUUGUGCCCUGAAGGAGAUGCAAGAUAAAGUUCUAGAGAUGGAAAAGAGGAACAGCUCCCUCCCUGAUGAGGAAAAUGUUGCCAGACUACAAGAAGAACUGAUUGCAGUAAAAUUAAGAGAAGCAGAAUCUUUGAUGGGUCUCAAAGAACUCAGACAGCAAGUCAAAGAUUUGGAGGAACACUGGCAGCGUCACCUAGCUCGUACCACUGGAAGAUGGAAAGAUCCUCCCAAAAAAAAUGCAGUGAAUGAGCUCCAGGAUGAGCUGAUGACAGUGCGCUUGAGAGAAGCAGAAACCCAGGCUGAGCUGAAAGAGACCAAACAAAGAAUGAUGGAGGUGGAGACACAGAAUCAGAUCAAUAGUAAUCACUUACGAAGGGCAGAGCAGGAGGUUACCAACCUACAGGAGAAGGUGCAGUACCUUUCUGCACAGAACAAAGGACUCCUGGCUCAGCUGAAUGAAGCAAAACGUAGACAAGCAGAGAUUGAAUGCAAGAGUAAAGAAGAAGUGAUGGCAGUACGGCUCCGUGAGGCAGACCGCAUUGCAGCUGUGGCAGAACUCCAGCAGCACAUUGCUGAAUUAGAAAUCCAGAAAGAAGAAGGAAAAAUUCAAGGGCAGCUUAAUAAAUCUGAUUCUAACCAGUACAUCAGAGAACUGAAAGAUCAGAUAGCUGAGCUGCAUCAUGAGAUCAAAUGUCUAAAAGGCCAGAGAAGCUUCUCAGACCAACCCACUUUUGAUGGGAUUCACAUUGUCAACCAUUUCACAGGAGAUGAUGAAUCAUUUCAUUCUUCUGAUGAAGAUUUUCUAACUAACUCCAUACAGGAGAGUGGGGUGAACUUUCAUCUUCCCAGGAGGACUGGUCAGAUGUCUUUGGAUCACACACUUGUAGACAGCAGUGACAGUGAUACUGAGGAAAGUGCCCUUCAGACUGGGAAUUCAGACAAGAUGGUUUCUAAGCAGAGAAGAACAGAAUCUUACUCUACUACUGUGUGAUUAUCACUGUGACUAGCACUGAAGACUUCCAUAUUUCUUUAAGGCUGAAAUUUUGAGGGAACUGAAACCAUCCAGCAGUUGGUUUAGGUAACUAUUGGAUUGGUCUGGCCUGUGAUAAAUAUAUACAAGUACUGUCUAUCUGCCUUCUCUCUUUGCCAAAUCUUGCUAAUGACAUACCAUUGCCAUAAAACAGGAUGGGAAGAAGUUGAUGGAUGACAGUUUUGACAGUAUUACUGAAUGUUCUUUGGUUUAGAAACUGCAAAUAUAUUAUUUCUUUAAUGUGUAAGAAGCAGUUUUGCUGUUCACAAACACAGGAAUUAUUUUCCUCAAAAGAAAUUGCUUUUGUGCAAUAUUUUAUGCUCUGAACAAAUGUGUAUGUUUUACAUUGUUAUCCUUUUGUGAUCAAGAUGGACCCUAGUAAACCAUCUGAUCAUGACACACAUAUAUAUAUAAUUAUCUUAUGCUUCUCAAUUAGUUUUGGUUUUUUACUAAAGUUAUUGGAUGCCCACAGAAGGCUUGAAAGGCAGGCCUUUAUCUGUACUACUUCAUAUAUGCAAAUAAUGGUCACUAAUGUCAUAAAGGUGUUUUUCACCAUUUUCACUUAAAUCUAUGUGCAUCUGCUUUUGAUGUUGCUAAAUAAUAAAUGGUCUGAAUAUGUUAAUUACAAUAAUGUUUAUUUUGUACAUAUUUAUGUAUCUACACCAAGCUGAAAAUGUACAUUACUCCAUUUUAUAUGAGGAAUGUAAAUGUUGCGAUAUUACUGUCUCUGGUAUUCUAACAGGAAAAUGAAUUCUGUAUAUACACACUAAAAGUGAAUUACUAAAUAAAGGCAAAACACUAACUUUGCAUUAAGUUUCAGCCUAGCUACACUAACAGGCUCAUGUCAGAAAUGCUUGUUCAAAACACUAUUGACUGAAAUCUUUUACCUUCAUGUAUAUGUAAUGAAAAUAAAUUUUUCAUGAUUUAACAA